GAGAUUGAAAGUUGUUUUGUUACAUGGAGAAUCCAUGGAUUGUAAACAAAGAAUAUUUAGAAAACAAAAACUAUAGUUCUUUUAAUCUGAUAAUAAAGACCGAUUAUAAAUUAGAAGAUAUGGAUCAUAAAUCAUUAUGUAGGACAUGUCUUUCGCAGGAACCUUCUAUAUCAGUUUUUGACGAUUUAGGAGCUGAUAAAUAUUGCGGUUGUUCAACUUUUCGUGAUGCUAUCAUGAACUUUACUUCGUUGACUAUUAUGAAGGAUGAUGGCUUACCAGAAAAUAUUUGUACAAAUUGCGAGCUUCAAAUUGUUAGCAUAGUUAAGUUUAAAGAAAUUUGUGAGAAUGCCAACAAAGUAUUACGAGAUAUUUCAGAUUCGUCUGAUAUAAAACUAGAAGGAGGGCUUCAGAAAAUAGAGCAGUAUGAUUUAAACUACGAAACAGAUGUAAAAUCAUCAGAUUUAGGUAAUGAUAUAAGAAAUACUCUUAAAGACAGAACUAAUGACCAUAAGAAAACCAAAAAGAAGUUAAGAUAUGUUUGCAAUAUUUGUAGUAAACAUUUCAAGUUCCAAAAAACUUGGAUAAACACAAAUGUUUGAAAAAUGAAACAAAAAAAAUUGAAAAUAAUGAGGAGAAUUUAACAAGAAGACGGAGUUUAAGAAGCAGGAACUCUAAUGAGAUAGAACCUGAUACUAAAACAAUUACGGAUCUAGAUGAACUGGUUGAUAUAAAGAAUGAUAAUAAUGAUGAUUCAGAUGGGUCAUAUCAAUUUUUUAGGGGGAUAAUGGGUUUGGAAACGAUAAUGUUGAUAAUUCAAGUGAGAACAAUGACAAUGAGUUUGGAAACGAUAAUAUUGAUAACUCAAGUGAGGAUGAUGAUUCUGAUGAUGAUGAUUUUGUUCUGGAAUAUAGUUGUAAACGAUGCAGUAAAACGUUUAAAUAUAAAAAACAACUUAAACUCCACCAGCAAAUGCAUUUGAAAGACCGACCAUACCUUUGUACUAAAUGUGGAAAGGGUUUUGCAGAUAAAUAUGGUUUGAAAAGUCAUGCUCUUUCCCAUUCAGAGGAAAAGCCAUACAUAUGUAACUUCUGCGAAUCCAGUUUCAAAACACAAGGAGCUUUGAAUGUACACGUCAGGGUGCACACUGGGGAAAAGCCCUAUUCUUGCAAGGAGUGUGGGAAAGAAUUUAGACAAGCAGCUAAUUUGAUUCAACAUGAACGAACUCAUACGGGGGAGAAACCUUAUGAGUGUGAAGUGUGUAAAAAAAGAUUUAACCAUAGUGGUAAAUUAAAAAUUCAUUUUCGUACACAUAGUGGUGAAAAGCCUUAUGUCUGUCCACACUGUAAAAGGUGUUUUGCUGUUAGGGAUACACUUAAAAAACACAUUUGGACCCAUACAGGACAACGCCCUUACAAAUAUAAGAAAUCAAAGAGCGCAAAAGAAGUUUUGCCGAGAUUCCCUUGUGAGAUAUGCAAUAAAAUGUUCAAGUUUAAAGCAAACCUAAUAUCUCAUCAAAGAACCCAUACUAAAGAGAAGCCUUUUUUGUGCAGUACUUGUGGAAAGGCUUUUGGCGAAAAGCAUGGCUUAAAAGUUCAUUUAAACAUUCACACAGGUGAGAAACCAUUCUCAUGCACAGUGUGCGAUAGCAAAUUUUCAGCGCCUACAGCUUUAAGGAUACACAUGCGAAGACACACAGGAGUUAAACCUUAUCAGUGUGAUAUGUGUGAAAAGGCUUUCUUCCAGGCCAGUAAUUUGAUAAGUCACAAAAGGUCGCAUACAGGGGAAAAACCGUAUGUGUGCAGCCUUUGUGCUAAAAGAUUCUCUGCCAGUAAUAAGUUAAAAAUACACAUGAGGAUGCACAGCGGCGAAAAACCGUACCGUUGUACGCAGUGCGGCGAAAGUUUUGCCAGAAAAGACGUUUUAACCACUCACAUGAGACGCCAUACCGGGGAAAAACCGUACACUUGCAAGAUAUGCCACCAGUCGUACUCGCAAAGCGGUACCCUGUAUACUCACAUGAAGACGCAACAUAAACAGAAGACAGAACCGCCAUCUAUGGAGUUUUAAUAGUAUGUAUAUAGAGUGUAACCAUAAAAAAACUAUAGAACUUUGAUGUACUUUGUUUAAAUUCGAGUUUCAAGAAAAAUGAACAGUUGAAAAUAAGAAUUUCGUGGUAUUUUUUUAUUUGUCAAAUCACCUAUGAUCGAAAAAAAUGGUGUCACAGUAGCUUUUGAAUGACAAAUUCCGGAUUUUAACGUUUUUGUCGGAAAGUACAUUUAAAAAACUAAAAACUAUUUCAAAGGCUACGGUAACACCGUUUUUUCUGUUGUAUGGUACAGUUCCUUAAACAAUUGAUAACUGAAAAAUAUGGUGAAGUUCAAUUAAAAAUACGACUUCGUAUUAAAGUUUAUUUAUAUUUAUACUUAUUUUAACUGAUAAGAAAUAGUAUACAUUAAAAUAAUUAAGA